AUGGACAGGACUGAGAUUAGGGAUGGUGUGACACGCAUCCAUCAUGGAAUAACAUUUCCUGACAUGAUAACACCACAAAAAGUGAAGGUAGAGAAUAAUGAAAAUGAAAAUUCGCCUUCAAUUGAAUUUACGCCUGGUGAUGGAAUCAAUACAUUUGGUCAUUUUAGUUCAUCAGAAGAAACAAACGAAAAUUUAAGCACUACUACUGAUAAUAAUUGUUUCAAAGGUAUGGAUAUGCAUUCAGUUGAUGCUAAUGAUGUUUGA